CCACAAUAAACGUGACAAUUAUCACACAAUGAUGGAUCCUAAACCAACACAAGAAGCUCAAGCCGCAAGAAAAAAAGUCAGAAGAAGGAGAAAACAAAUAAAGCAUUGUCACCAUUAUACUGGCAAUUAACUGAUGAAUUUUGGCAAGAAUAUGGUUGUCAACUUGCUGACGUGUUCGAAAUGACUCCUCUACAAUAUUGAAAUAAUGACCGAUAAUUUAUCAACUCAGUACGACAAUCAUGACAAUUCUGGACUCAAUGUGAGAAAGCAUCAUUGAUUAUUGAUAACAUGGAACAGGCCGCAGAUACGGGGGCAAUGGCAACUGCAAAUUUACAAACCUUUUGAGCUUUUUUUUUCUUCCUUACAUUUUUUUCGUUUAUUUUUUUUUUCGCGAACAUAACGGUUUUCCUGUCAGUGCAUCAAACUUUAAAUGUGUUCACAGUAUCUAAUUUGAUUUCACCGUAAUCUUUGGAUCGAUGGGAACGUGAAAUGGAAUUCAGACUGGAUUAUUUAUGUAUUGUAUGUAUGUUUGACUUCAUCUUUUCUAUUUACGCGCUCCCGCUAAACAUUCGCAUGUGGAAUAAUGGAAGGCCUUUAGAUAUGAAAGAGUUUGACUCUUCAAGUACUCUGUUUUUGUCACCUCCAUCAUCAACAUCAUUGUCACCAUCAAUAUCGUCAUCUUCAUUGCCAUCACCUGUUCUAUCGUCGUCGUCAUCGGCUUCUUUCAACGGUGGUUUAACGGAAAGGCAUUACGAGUUCUCGACUACGGCGAUUUUGACAUCAGACGCAAGUUCUCAUGACCUUGGUCGUCCUGGUAUAAUAGCACUCAUAGUGCUCUACGUUCUUCUUGUCAUCGCAGUGUCGUUAGGUGUUAUAGCCGCUUGCUGUUUUAGACGGAGGGUCUUCCGAGCUGAAGUACAAUCCAGGCUUUCAAGGGCUUCCUCCACUCAACGGUCAAGCAUCUCACGUUUAAACAGCGUCAUUUACGAUGAGCAGGCGUCCAACUCUGGAGGGAAGAAUAGCACGACGCCAAAUAAUCCAUCGUCAAGGGGGAGCUUCCAAGGUGGAGUAAAUGGAGACAGGGUUUACUCGGUUACUGAGGAUGGUUUUCUGGCAGUUCCAAAGAACUAGAACAGGGCGAUCCUGGGCAGUGUUUCAUCAUUAAGUUUUGUCCGACAAGUUGUCAGAUCUGACAUCGUUCCUAGAUUAUGAUUGGCUGAGAGGCACUGUUACGAUGGUAAUUGUCGGAUAAAAGAGGAUUUGCCGGAAAAUGAAAAAUUGAAACGAAAUGUCGGGCAGUGUCGCGCCGCAUUCGGUGAUAACCCCACCCUUUAUCCAAAGCCCCCUCCCCCUCCAUCUGUUUGCCGAAUGGGUGCACUUGGAGUUUCGUUUUUAAUACGCCAUUCCGAUUUGAAAUUAUUGUCCACCUUCAAACUGCAAUUUCAGCAAAAAUGGAUAUCGCUCGAAUCGGUUUUGUCAUUAACAUAGUUGACUCCUCAGACUCGCAAAUCAAAAGGCAGCAUAAUUCGUCUGCAUAAAGAAACGAAAACAAAAAUAGGUCAUCAGUCUAUUAAAGAUGAAGCUCGUUUGUCUUAAACGGGAUCACACGCAUAUCAAAUAAAACAGAAUUUCGUCUGCAGAAUAAAAACAGAAACAAAAUAUAGGUCGUCAGUCCAAAAUGAAGGUCGUUUUGUCAGACACAAAAGGGGGAAAAUAGGUAACCAGUCACUAGUCGCUUUGUCUUUGGAAAAAAAUUGUCGAGCAAAAACAAGUCCAUCAGUUAAAAUCUGUUUGCCCCCCCCCCCUAAAAAAUGAGAAAAAACACACACUAUACACGUACCCACCCACCUCUUCCCGCAUACCUAAAACCACCCGCCCUAAUUAAACGCAUUUUACAUGCAGGAUGCGCCAUUUUUUCCUCAAACAUUUUAUAUACGGGAUGCGCCCGAACACCCCCCCCUAUACUGGAUCCGUACAUGCCAGUUCUCACAAUAUACCAUCUCAUCAUGGUACUUAAAGUGAUUGGUUAACAUUGGUUUGACUUUUUAAAAAUCUGAGCUAGAAGGUCACACUUGUCACCUGUGUCUGUGAUAUGUUACUAAAAUGAAGCCCAGAAAAAAUUGCGUUCGAAAAUAAUUAUUUAGUGCUUCAAAAAUUGAAACAUAAAGUGACCGAAAACACCAUCUUAAUUUCAUCCCAUACACUUAUGUGUACUAUUUAGGCGUCUAUAAGACGCCUAUUUACAAAAUCGGGGUUUGCCUUGUAGUUUUAGCUUUUCAUUCUCAAUAAUGGUUGUUUUCAGGGUUUAUUAGUUCGAAUACAUGCACUUGUACACAUGUUUCAUCUUGGUUUGAGAAUUUUUUAAAUCGGCUGCUCACAAAGUUAAACAAUACCUUUAACCAGAUUCAUGUCACUUCAAAGAUGUCAAGGAAGAAGACACUUGAGAUGGUGGGGCACAUGGUCGACUUAAAGUGAUGUUGCCGUAUGUGUGAACAUUCCCCCCCCCCCCCACUCUUAUGCACCAGUUUAUUAUGCCUUUCUUUGUAACCUGUUUGACCCACCUCUCACUAAUUCUCUAGUUAUUCAUCCCUCUAUCACUGUUUUGUUCCAGAUCCUGUUUGAUGUUGCCUGCCUCAUUAUCUUAAUCCCUCUUGGCCUUACUUACACUAACUUCCCUUUGUGUCUGCCUACUCCUUUUCUUUCAUCCCCUUCACUAACCUGAUUGGUCUUCUCUACUCACUAAUGCCCCUUUUGUCUCCUUGUUUCUAGCGUUGCUGUAGCUUGUUUGUGGUCUAUAUUAUGGUUGUUCCACUUUAUAUGUUUGUCAUUUUGCCUCCGACGAAGAUUCUGCUAGGAUCGAAAGCUUAGGCCCCUUUUUGACUUUCUCAUUUAAAAAUCAUUUACGAUGAUGGUGAUUUUUUUGGGGGGGGGGGGUGGCGCUGUAGCUUUCUGGCGUUUUCAAUAUUUAAUAUCAUUUCAUUAUUUUUCUAAGAAUUCACGGAAUUAGUACACACCAAAAUCUUUAUUCUUGACUUUGAAAAAGAGCGUAGGCAAAAAUGUAUACGUCUCUUCGCUCGUAUUUUUUUCAGGGGGGGGGGGUAGACAAAUGAGUGUAUUCUUGAUUUUCGAACAUCCUUCGAAAAUGAUUGUGCGUUAUUAUUUGUUACCGAAUCUAAUAAAUAAUGAUAAUAAUAAUGAAAAGUCUGCUGUUUAAAUACACAUUGCAUGAACAGUCGUGUCAAAAUUGAAUCGGUCAUUACUAUUAGCGUACCGACUUUCACAACGUAAUUAGCUUCAGGAGUUAGCUCAUCACCCAAUGUUAUUAUUCCACAAUAUUUUGUGUUAUUUUCAUAUUCCAUGGUGUAGCUAUAGUAAACACCUCUUGUUCUUGCUUUCAUAUGAUGACAAUACAUGUUUCGUUCGUAGUUUCGAGACACCAUAUUUUUUUUGGAAAAUAUUUCGAAACUGAAAAAACGAGCAAAUAUUUUUAUUAUCAAUUUCAAUGAAUAUAAUAAUUGAAAUAUAAUUUUUAUAACAACGCACUAAAAAUCGUGGCCAAGUUUUGAAAAAAAAAUCUUAUAAACUCGUUCACAUUUUCUCUCUUGGAUUUUCUUGAAAUAAUCUUUCUCAUUUCUUUUAUUUGUAAUUUGUUGAUUUUGAAAAAAAAGGAAAUAAAUUGUGAACAAAGC